AGACGUCAUGUGACGGGGGCGUGGCCGAAAGUGCGGAAAUACACAGCUGCCAAGACUUACUAGAAAGGUAAAGUUUUAACUUUUACUAAACUGUUCUCUGCAUUUAGGAAGGAUUUACACUUCGGACACUCUAAUCUGACAAAUGUUAGUUCAUGUUGCCGCUUUAUAUAUAAUGUAUAAAGAAUAAAAGUGAUUUGUUCUCCUUGAACGAGCAGACUAAAGCGUACUUAUGCUUCAGUCUGCCUCUGUUAGUAUGUUGGCGUCUUUGGUGGAGGAAAGUUUGCAUAAAACAACUUUAACCCAGUUAAAAACUCACACGUUAACAGUUGCGUCUUGAGUAGACUUUCUUGUUUCUAAACAGCGGCCGUGAUUUCCGCAUUUUACCGUCUCUGAAGGGAGUUAAAGGGACAAACACUCACAUACACGGAAAGACAAGAGUCAUACUGUUUAUACUGUUUUAAUGUGGAGAAGUGAAGUUAUAGAAGUCGUCAUAAAAGUGUGUUUGACUCUGAAAUCAUGUGAAAUCAGGUGUGCUGGAUCAGUUUGAGAGUUUCUUAGCAGAUGGUCUUCUGCAUACUGGUCCUGGUUUCAGUCCUCUUGAGUCAGAUGUUCAGGAAGUCUACAUGACUAACCCGCAAUAAUCACAUCUGACCCAACCCUGCUUCAUAUUAGGCUUCAUAAACCCGACAUCAGUAAAGCAAACAAUUAUUACCAUGGUAGCUCUAAGCUGACCUAUUUCAAUUAAGGAGAUUCCCAUGAGAUCAAGUCAUUUCCAGUGUUUUUUUUUUCCUUUUUCUUUUUUUUUUCUUCAGUUUUCCCUCAGUUUUAGGGACCAUGGGACACCUAAGCAAUGAAAAAACAUAACCACGAUUAUUUUGAUUGAUAUUGAUGUCAUGAUUUGUAAAAGCAAUUACAUGCAUUUAUCUAACUUAAAACCCUUAAAAUUAAAGGGAUAUUGCGGCGUAAAUUUAAUCUAGCGCCAAACACUCCAUAACACAGAGUUAGACAACCCCUUGAGAGAUGAAUGUUGCCGACCGCUUGCUUCUCUAGUUAUACCAACUUUAGUAACGACCGCAUGAUAGCAAUACACAGCAGUCUGAGGAGCCGCACACAAGCCUCAACCAAAACACCACUCUAUAGCCACAAAUAAUGCUCAGAACAGCACCUAACUUCAUCAACAGUACAUAUAGGGUCCCAGCCACAGUACUAGCCACCAAAUAUCUUUUUAACUUUGCCUAAUUUCUUUUAAAAAAAGGGACUUAACACAACUUACCCACACUCUUCCAGCAGCUGCUUGUUUGUAGCGAGACCUCGGGCCAGUCCAUUGCGGACUGCUUCUCUAGUUUUACUUAAGUUGGUAAAACUAGAGAAGCAAGCGGUCGGCAACAUUCAUCUCUCGAGCGGGUGUCUAACUCGGAGUUACGGACACUAAAUUAAUUUCACGCCGGAAUAUCCCUUUAAUUCCUCAUUUUCACUUGAAACUAAAUAUUUUUACACUGUCGCAAAUAGAAGGAUUUGAGCUCUUUUACUACGUCUUUUCAACCUUUUUAUAUAUCAUUGGAGCUUGUAUUUUAUUAUGAGUCUGAAUAAUGUCUCCCUUUUUAGCCUGGCAGUCAUUUAAUGCGCAUGUACUAUUAUUCUGCCCCUCAGUUUUUAGACACACACACAGAAAUACACAUCUGCCUCCUCCUGCCCCUCUCUCUGCUCUCCUCUCUUCAUCUGCCUUUUGGUGCAGAACGUGUAGCAACAACUUCCUCUGCUCCCAAAUUUUGUUUUUAAACUGUUGUUGAUGAAGUGAAAAUGAGAGCUGUUUGAGGAGAGGACCGCUGAGCUCUGAGAUAUUACUUUUGUUUUUAACUUCAAUCUGUCAUAUAAAAAAAAAAAAAAUCUGGUUUGCUUUCCAUUAAAACACAUUUAUGUAAAUAUUGUAUAUUUGGCCAUCCUGAUUAUUUUUCCCACUGAGUUGACUUCUUAAAUUCUCUGUGGUUCACUGUUCCCUGGAUGUAAAUCAGGGUUUGAGUCAACAGUUUGAAGAUGAAAAAAGCUUUAUCUUUUCUGAGCUUUGAAUUCGACUUUGUUUAACACCUCAGGGUUAAAAAGGAACACAAACUGUGAACCAGGCCUUAUUAACCAGCUCCAGCGACUGACUUUUCUAUUGUUUUUGUGGCCUAAAAUCCUUGCAGCCGGCUUUAAAAAUGUUGUGCAAAGCGGCUCUGAGGCACUUUUAUCUGCAGAUUAACUUCAAGCUUUUUGGAAUAAGAUGUUGAUCCAACAUGUGAGGGUGAAAUGUUUCCUAGUAAGCUCUUGCUGUCACAUUUCAAUCAUAGGUGUGUGCAGUGCGGGGUUAAAACUAACCAUUAUUAUUAUGAGUCUUUAUUAAGACAGUAAUAUUGAGACAAGGAAGGGUGAUAAAACGAAAUAUCGAAAAUUAAUUUCUCUCAAUAUUAAUAUUAAACACGGUCAAUAUGCUUCUUGAUAGCUGGCAUUCUGCCAUGUUUUGGUGGACUAUAGAAAUAAAAAGGGGAGUUGCCUCGCGCUGAACCAAUAAUGUGCUGAAUUAGAACCAAGUAGCAAACAACUGCGUAGUAGCAGGCUGCAGCUACACGCAACCAUGGCACUUUAAAACAUGACGCCAACAGCACUGUCAGUGAGAAAAAAAAGAAAAUGAGUGCUACCCCCGGCAGAAAUGAAGAUGAAGGCUCAACAGAUGGUGUCAUGAAAAAAUUGAUGGUGUGGAGGCAUUUUGGGUUUUUGAAGUUGGGCAUGAAGCAGACAUGUUCUCGCAAAGUCUGGGAAUACCUAAAAUCUUUUUCAUCACCUGAAGCAGUGCCAUGCGGGAGAGCAAGCGCAAUGCAAAAGGUUACAAACCCCGAGUGGAGCAAGGAGCCCAUGGCGUCUGUGCAGCCGUAACAGCCAGCCAUUCAGUUCUCGUUCUCUAGCACAACGCCUUACCACAAAGAGGCACAAAGCCCUCACAGAUGCAGUAGCUUAUUGUAUUGCAAAAGUCAUGCUACCAAUAAGCACUGUUACAUUAAAUUUUUCAUAUAUCGUGAUGUAUAUUGAUAUCGACUGAUAUGAAAAAAAUAUAUCGUGAUAAACCUUUCCCAUAUCGCCCAGCCCUACAUCAAAGACACCUAACUGGUUGGGACAAGUCCACUUGUAAGCGUGCGUCUUGCCCUAAAUCUGCCGCUGUCCUCUUACCCGCAGCUCUUUCCUCAUUUCUGGUUUGCUGGGUCGGUACAGGGGCUAGAACUCCCUUUUAAGCAUCCACAAGAUGUCAUGGGUCCACCUCCUGAUAACCUGCUGAUGUGCUGGUUCUCACCGAGAUUAGAGCACGAGUCCCAACUUUGUGGUGAUGUGAAAUUGAGGCAAACCCGGAAACCUUUAGAGACUUUCAAAUACUGGACUGACUGAGGAGUGAAGAAGAGCUUGUUUUCUGAUUCCCAAACUUAUCAUAUAUGAAUAAUGUCAUGUAUGUGAAUGUGGGUGUGAAAAUUCUCAACAUGACUCAUGCAUAUUAAGUGAUGUAUUGUAUUGUUGUUUUCCCUCGCAGCUCUCUGUCAUGGCGUACCAGGCUGGGAUCCCUCAGGAGCCCGGUGCUUUGGUUCAAAGUAUCAGCUCCAACAUCCAGAAGCUCACGCUGCUGAGUAAUACACACACUACACACAAACAUACCAGCGUACACCCACUUCAGUGACUCAAGAUUGUGAAUCACAGCUGACACCUGUAGACCUUACAGUAGAGAUGAUGAAUAAUCUCCGUUGUCUUUCUUCCUCCCCAGCUUCUGAGCUCCAAAGGGCGGUUUCUCUGCUGGGAACUGAGCAGGACAGCAGCCAGCUCCGACAGACUCUGUGAGUUAUCAAUGAGUUGAGUUUAUUCACAAACAUGAUGAAAGAAAAGAGUAAAAAAAAAGUGGAACAAUUCGUGUGAGAAAUCUCUUGAAUGAUCGAUCUGAGUCUGAUCUUCCAUUUAAAGCAAAUACAACCCAGAGCCAGUGUUGUCAACAGAACAAAUCAAUCGCUUAUCAUCUAAAAGCAGGCUUGAAUUAAACCUGGGUCCAUCAAAUACCUGCUCAGCAGUCUGUGUUCUUAAUGUCUGGCAAAAGUUUCCACUCACCAAAUAAAACAAUCAUCCUCUCAGGCAACAGAAACAACAGCAAGGUAACCAACUCGCAAAGGAGACCGACAAACUGAUCAAGGCAUUCACUGCACUCCCUGUUGGCCCCGACCAGGUAUAUAAACCAGACCUGUUCUUCUGUUGUCCUGCUAAUCUAGUACCACAGUGUUUGAUUAAUUUGUGUUUUUUUUUAGCGGCAGAGGAAGAUACAGAAAGAGCGUCUGCUGAACGACUUCUCCGCCGCCCUGAACAGCUUCCAGAAGAUCCAGCGGCAGGCGGCAGACAAAGAGCGAGAGUUUGUGGCCAGAGUGAGAGCCAGCUCCAGAGUGUCUGUGAGUAAUCUGUAGAAACAGAAACAAAAGGUCAUUUAAUGGACCAGUGUUUGGAUAUCACACAGUAAGAGACAAGUAACACGCAUAUAAAUCAGUGAACUUAAACAGACACACCUUUUUACCAGUUGCAGUCGUAAACCUGAAGUCUUGUGUUUUCUGGUUGUUUGUCCAACUCUUCCAUUCUUGUGAAAGUGAUUUCCCAGAAAUAUCAGGAGGGAAUGUCUUCAUAAUUUUGCACAAAUAUCCAUCUAGACCUCAGAAUGAAGUGUUCUGAUUUUUGUGGUCAAAUAGAAGGUCACUCUGACUCUCAACUCAAGAAUUCAUGCACUGAUUUAAAAGAUACUCGCACCGAUAUUUUUCAGCCCUUUAUUGCCUUUUGUAUAAUAUUUGAUACAUACUUUUAUGACACUUCUAUCAAAUCAAUAUGAUCAACAAAAAUACCUGAAUACAGUCUGAUAAUAUAUAUUUGUCAAAUUUUAAGGACAUUUUGAUUUUUUUGUUUUUUUUAGUAGUAAGUAAAAUAAACAUUUCAGCUCCAAAAAAAUUGAAUUUUCUGGCAAUAAUUUGUGGUUUCAGACAUUAAAGUGAAAAUUUUUUCGCCUAGAUAUUCAGGUAUGCUUUGUUCUUCUCAUUUCUGACAAUCUUGACCAAAAGCCUGAGUUACUUUAACAUCUAAUGGUCUUUCUGGAUGCAUCCUUAACAGACUUCUGUUCAAGUUUGAGUUUAUCCUUGUCUGCUCCAUUAUGAGUCCUCAACAAGUUGAGGAUGCUACACAGCUCGUAAAAUCUUUGAAAGCAGCAGGUCAUGUCACCUCUCUUUAAGGGGAACUGUCGCUGAAUGAAACAGUCAUUCAGGUGAACACCGAUGUAAGCAGCAACUUUAUUUGUCUGUGUCAAGUCCAUGAAAAGAUAAGGGGGUCAUUUCAACAAACAAAUAUUGUCACACAUACAACUUUGCAAUGAUGCACUGAUUUAACCUUUUGCCUGACUCCACCUCAAAGAGGACAUUGCCUGAAACAAAUCAACCUGAAUGAACAGACUUACACCCCAUUUACACGCUUUACAGAGCUGUCAAAAUAACAAGAGCUGAUGUCGGUGCCCUGAAUCGAAAUUUCAGGGUGUUGCGAAGAUUAUUUUACAAUAGGCAACAUCUCCGUCUUUAAAAUCGAGAGCAUAUCUUUGCUUAUUACAAGUUUAUCCAUCCGUGCACGGCUGCAAAUUAACAAAAGAGCUCUCUUAGGCUUUACAAGCUGUACCUCCCGAAUUACUGCAGAGGCUCUAAUAGUAAAUAUUUCAGACACAGUUGUCCUCGAAAGUCUGCUUGCUUUGUAACUCUCUCCCCUCGACGCUUAUCUCACUGCACAGACAAGUAUCUUUUGUUUACGCUGAUAAGAAGGAACAGUUUGUUACUGCAGUGAUUGAAAAUCGUGGAAUUAAAAGACAAGUCAAAUUUGUCUUUCUCUCCUGUCUACUUAAAUGGACCCUUUAGGUUUUAAACAACCACAGACAGUCAGUUCAGGUUGUCAAAUACAAGCACACUGUGUUUCUCUGAAUCACUUUGUUUUCUUUUAACAGGGAGGGCAGCCAGAUGACAGCUUUGGAAAUGUUUCUCCUUUCCAAGGGUAUAUUUUCUAUUUCUAAUCGUUAGAAUAAUUCAUGUGAUUAUUAUUUCUGCGUGUUAAUUCUCAUUUUUUUCCUCCUGCAGUGACUCUCAGGUGCAGGCUCAGGCUGAGGCGAUCACUGAAGAAGACCUGAGGCUAAUCCAGGAGAGAGAGUCCUCCAUUAGACAGCUGGAGGUAGAGUACAUGACCACAUGACCACAUGACCACGGCGUGUCUUGUUUAUGCAGUUCACCACAAUGCCUAUGUUUAUGUUGAAUUCUUCAGAGCGACAUCACAGAUAUCAACGACAUCUUCAAGGACCUGGGGAUGAUGGUACAUGAGCAGGGGGACAUGAUUGGUGAGCUUUAGCAGCCUGUUAUCAGAUUGGUCAAUGCAGGGACCACCUACAUGUGGUCAUCAAAUUGUUUCUCAUUUUCUGAUUCCGCUGUGAGCCAAAAACCGCAGCAGAAUCAGUGUUUUCCAACCACGUUUUUUUGUCCUUUGCGCAGACAGUAUAGAGGCCAACGUGGAGACUGCAGAUGUGACCGUCCAGAACGCCACACAGCAACUGGCUCGUGCUGCACAGUACCAGGUAAAACUCCGCCGUACAGGUAGAGUAACAGAACAGCAGAUACAAAAAGAGUGUGUGAAGGACAGGAAAGAGAAGUUAGAUGUUUGGUUAUCAAAAUGUGAACGCGUACAUAAAAGACUGCUCCACCUCCUGCGCAAGGACUCCCUCGACUAAGAAAGGUUCUUAGUCAGCUCGCUGUGGUAAUUCAGGCAAAGAGGAGGAGGCGAGGAAUGCUGACUCACAAGGUGAGCUGAUAGCUCUGAGUCACAUCAAACGAUUAGUUAUCCCGAUAAAACAACCAGAUUUAGUAAAAUCGAGAGUCUAACUCACAUAUACAGAGGGUAGAUUGUGUUUAUAAGGGGUCUGUCAAAGGGACAAAGAGUCUUAAAACACCAAAAAAGCAAUUUUUUAAAGAAAAUAGGUAAGUUUAGAAAACACAAAUAAAUCUGUGAGUAAAUAAAAUAAUAUAUUAUGAGAUUUUAGGCAUAUAUUUGGUGAGCAGCAAGCUGUCUGUAGUAAAAUGAGGAACCUAGAUCAUCUUGUUAAAUUGUCCCUAAUGUUUUGUCUCCUCAGCACCUUAUUGUUGUAAGUAUAUGGCAUGUGAAAAGACAUAAAAAAGCUGAGACCUGUGGUACCCCUUUCAAAACAGCAUUGUGUGGCUAAUCACUUGACAACUCUGAGUAUUGUAGUUAAUUAGAGGACACUGAGAUAACUUAAACUAAUGCUACUUUGAAUAAUAAAAGUUUUCUUACCCGUCCAGCAGAAAACCGACACUUUCAUCGUCAGUCUUCAAACAUAAAUUUGUUGUUAGGAUUUUCCAUCUAUGAAAACUAACACCGACUUGAACCCAUUUUUUCCGGGAUCUUAUUGUACUUUUUCAUGUUUUUGUUUUUUGGAUGAAAAAUUCUUGAUUCACUCAGAUUCAAGUUCCAGUGAUGCAUGAUAAGUAUGAUACUGCAUUUGUUAGAUGAUCUAGUUUGUCCAUUCUGAGAUACUGUAGUGCACAUGACAUGAAGACCUGCAUCUCCCAUGAUAAAAAAUACUAUUAUUUUGUGCAGUGUUAACUUAUUUAAAGGUACUUUUGAUUUGUGGCAAUUUGGUGCCCCCUGUGGACAAAGCAGAUAUUGCUCAUUUUGUCUCCUGCACACCUGCGUAGUGUCUUCUGACAAAAACUUUGACUGUCAGGUAUACACCACCUUUAGACAAUAAAAAAAAACAAUAUAUAAAUCUUCUUUGCUUUUUUUUUUCAGACUUUUCAUUGAUGUUACUUAAAAGAUGAAAAAAGUAUCAAAAGGGCAUCUUAUACAUACAAGUUUAUGACUCUUUCCUCCUUGUUUCUCUCUUUCCAGCAAAGCUCCCGGAAGAAGAUAUGCAUCCUCAUGAUAGUGUUGGCAGUAGUCGCCGUUAUUAUUGGAGUCAUCAUCUGGGGCGCUCUGAAGAACUGAGGGCUUCCUCCUCCUCCACCACCUCCUCCUCUCCUGUUAAUUCAUCAGCAUGAGCACAAAGGGUGAAGCAUCAUCCUUCCUCUCUGCAUCCACGCCUUUCUCUUCACCGCACUGGUGGGCAGGAGUUAUUGAGACUGUAGAUCGCUGAGACCGCGGGCAUCAAUCGACAGGACUGCUCACUCCUACCCUGUGAAAACAAAAGUAAUGCUGGUAGUUCUUCGAUUUUAAUCAUCUUAAUUUGAAUUAUUUAUAGUCAUAAUCAAAAGGCAGUGCAAUACACAAAUGUUUUUAGAUGCUGCCUUUUUGAUAUACUUCACUUUGAUGAGAAAGUUCUUGAAUUUAAGAUCACAUCUGAGCGUUAGAAGGACGCCCUGUAUUUAGCCAGCUUGUUUAACCAGGUCUGAAAGUCAAACAAAAAACGGUUUAAACUGCAAUGAAACGGUUGCGAAAGCUUUUUUUUUCAACUGUUGUAGCUCUGUGCAAAUUUAGACUUUAAACAAGUAAAUCAGGGAAUGAACAAAACCAAGCUUUAGCCAGUGACAGGACAGAUGAACGGCAUUCAGCUCAUUUUAAUAGUACUUUGUUUUCUUUUAUCUCCUGUAUCAAAAAUUUUGUAAGAGUUUUAUCUUUUGAAAUGUGUAAAAUCAAGAGUCUGUGCACUUAAAUAUUGUGGUAAAAACAAAACACUCCAAUAAUCAAUCACUCUAACUAAUCACCUAAAUUUUUGUAACUGUAAGUAGUUGGUAUGUUUUUCUUGGGGGCUAGAUAAUCUGUACAGAAAGAUUACUUGUAUAUAAAUUACCUGACAUGUCACUAAUGAUUGCACACAAAAGUGUACCAUACAGAUGAAGGAGAAGUUAUUGUAUGAGUUGUUCCCUUUUUUUUUUUGCUUUGUUUUAAUUAUUUUCAUUCAUUCUGCUGAUUAUAUUAUAUGUUUAAGGUCUUUGUUAUCUGAUCCACAUGAGAGCUUUAAUCAGCAUAGAGAAGUAAAAAGCAAAAAACUGUUCAGGAUUUUACAUGCAAGGUUAUUUUUGAUCAAACCACUGACUGUAUAUAGUGACGGAUUCUAUUGUUAAGUCUUCACUGUAGAGUUUGGCAGUAUCCACACUCUUCACUCUAACAGCAUUACAGAUUGAUGUAUCAGUCAGUACAUUUACUACCCAAGUUCAGCUGAAACUGCUCUUUGAAAACUAAAUUGAACUUCUCACAGUCGGACUAUCAUACCUGUAUAACAUAGUUGGGAUAGAUGCAUUGCUAGGAAGCCAGGUAAUAAACAAACCCCAACAGACGAAGAACAAAUGUUAAAAAAAAAAAGUAACUUUCCCGCCUCAUGAAGAGUACUCAUCUGUAAAAGUGACGGUGUUUUCAUUGUUCUGUGUACAUCCUGUUAGCCUCUUCGUCACCCAGGAGGUACCUGACGCCCUGAGAGGUGAAGUGUUGCCACCCACCGUAGCAGAGGCGAACAAGCCCGGCGCUUAUAAACUGGGUCAAGGAUAGUAGUCAAGAUAAACCCCCCAAGAGAGACCACUGUGCAUGCAAACGUACUAUGUUUUAAGCAGACACUCACAGUUAUGGAAGGUUCAAUGACUGUUCAUGUUGUGUUUUUUUCUCACCUACUCUACUCAUGCAUGGUACACUGGGCUGCAAGAGAUUGUUAACAGAGCUGUCAGUCAUUGUAUUAUACUCACAAAAAAAGACAACGCUUCUCAGGAAAGUAACAUUUAGACAGAAAUGCAUAUGACAAAACAAACAAUAUAUGCAAAAACUAUGUCUAAGAAACAUUUAUUUGAUGCAUAUUUUAAUUUUCUACUUCAAUACACGUUCUGCCUGUCAAUGGUAGCUGUAAAUCUUUGAGCUUCACUUUUGGGGACCUUUUAUCAUUUGCAGUUCCUAAAACAGAACAACUGGGACGAUUUUAGCAUCUUUUAAGAGUAGGUAUACACAACUAAGCAAACUAAAAAGUCUUACAUUUUAAGUUCAUGGCACAAGAAGACACACCGCUCUGACAGCGAUGACCAUUAUCUUGAAUUGUUUUUUUUGUGUGUUGCAACACCAGCUGCUGUCUAUCUUCCUCAUUAUGAAGGCCACUGUUUUGCUUUGAAAUGAAUGAUUUUUAAAGGUGUAGUUUUUACAAUUUCUUUGAGAGACACUUUGACCAAAAUCAAACUUGAAACCCUGGCGUAAAGCACAGUAAGUUAUGAUUAUUUGCCAUAACAGUUUGACCAAAAUAAGAUGUGAUCAUCACUUAUAUAUAAAUAUUUGUAUUUAAAUACUGUAAUUUAGCUGCCUACAAUUUGCAUGUGGAUAACUAACCUGAGUGUACUUAACCUAAAAUGAAAGAAGUGAUUUAUACUGAUGGCAAAAUGUAAUAAAAUCUAUAGAAUGAGUUGGAACUUUAA